AUGGCGGCGGCGGCUUGGCGUGAGCUUCGGGCGGAGCUGCCCUUGGUGCGGCACUACAAGGACGCUCCGGUCGUGGCUGGUGGAGCAAGUGUCCGCUGCCUUUGUAGCGCUCUUUCGAGGCCGCCGGAGGGUCGACCAUGGGCGCUAACGACGUCUGUGGACGAGAUUUCCGGGUCGACCGUCGUGACGAAGAGCCAGUCGCCCAAUCCGUUGGGCCCGGUGGGGGAGGUCGGAGGACCUUUCAAUGGCGGCUUAGGCGAGGAACUAUUCCUGGUACGGGGCCGGCAGAGUGGGCUUUGGCAGCUGCCUGGUGGAAUGAUUGAGGCCUCGGACUUGAACGUGUGGGAUGCGGCGGCGCGGGAGUUCUACGAGGAGACCGGAAGCCAAGCGCCGCUCCCGUCUUCGCGCUUGCAAGGAUGGUUCGAGACCACCAUUGAACUCCCUUCGGGCGGCUUAUUUCGAGGAGUGAUCUUUGUUCUGCAGACCGAGGCCACCUGUGAGGUGCCUUUUGCGGUGAAUGGAGAGACGCGUGAGGCGCUCUGGAGACCUUGGCGGAACUUGGAGGACCUGGACUUCCGUUGGCCCAACGACCAGACCAUCCCUCAAAUCUUUGACAUGGCCCAGGCUGAGGAUGGCCGCCGUCCAGUGGUGCGCGCUGGCUGCUACAUGGAGAUGAGGCCCACCUUGCGAUGUGGCGGACACAUGCGGGAGUGGCUCAGCUGA